UUUAUGUUUAUUUUUAAGGCUUUAGUUGCUGAUUGUUAUCAGGAUUUUAGUAAGCAAUUAAGUGAAGCUUUGACAAUGGUUACAAAUGCAAAAUCUCAAUCUCUUCCCUUGUCACACACACUCCAAUCUUCCCAUUCAACCAAUCAGUCACAAUCUUUAACAUCAUCGUCGUCAUCAUCAUCAUCAUCCUUUUCACAAGUGCCACUUGUAGAUUCAUCUGGAAGACAACUGCUUGAAAGAGAUAGGAGAAAUGAUGCCAAACAGAAUUGUUCUGCACUACUUAUAAGUAAUAAUCAACAAGGUAAAGGAAGUAAUAAUGCUCUUGUGGGACGUUCCAAUUUUGGCCCAAUUCAACCUCCAUUAAAUUCCACACAUUGCCUUGAAUCUUCCGGAGAUAAUGUGAUUUCAUCUAGAAACCAAACAAUCUUAAAUAACAUAUCCGUUGGACAAACUACCUUUACUAAUGCUAGUCAUUUAAGUAGUGUAUCAUCAUCUGCCUCAACUAGAAGUACAAAUAUAAUAUCCUCCCUCAAUAAUAGUCAUGUUCAGUCUACUCAGCAACCUGUUCUUUAUCCUUAUCAAAACUUUCCACGGAAUCUCAGCAGUAGAUAUCAGGCUAAUCAGAAAUCAUUUUCAACAAACAGAAAUUUAACAGAAGAAGAUUUAACUGCAAAUCAUUUUCAAACAAGUGUUUCAAAUAGCAGUAAUAGUGGUGGAGCCAAUCAACUUACAAGAGUGUCUUCUCUUGGAAAUAUGGCAUCUUUUAAUAAACACUCAAGUCAAAAUAGAUCUGUUCAAUCUCAGCCACAUUCUCAUACAUCAAGAAAUUAUCAUUCUGUAAGAAAUUCUGGGUCAUCACCAAUUGUUUCUUUAUCAAAUGAUCUUACAAGAAAUAUAAGUAAUCAGGGUAUGGAAAAUUGUGCAAUAGAGAGAAUGUCAAGCACAACUAAUAAUCAAGUUCCACAAAUUGCAACACUAAAUCAGACAGCAACAACAUUUAAUCAUCAGCCAUCUGAUUUUAUAGAACACUUAACAGCACAUCCAAUGGCCAAUACUUUCCCAUUGCAUUUAUCCCCAGAGUUAAUUUCACCUGAUUUAAAUGGUUUUACAGCUGCAAAUAAUGCCCAUCCAUAUUCACCUGGAAUGAAAUAUUCUGCCCAGUUUCCAUCACCACCACUUCCUGAUUCUGCUUUUGAAAUGUAUCAUCCAUUAGAAGCUUAUCUUCACAGAAGAAGUACACCAGCAUUUUAUGGCCAUGGAGAAGUAUUUUUUGAUCAGAUUCCACCAACGGCAUUUUUUGCAAUGCCUCCACCAUUUUUUGGAUUACGUCCUUUAAGGCGAACUGGACCAUCUAAUGAACUUCAUAUUCGUUUAGAAGAAUGCUAUGAGCAAUUUAGACAUUUAGAAAAGGAAAGAAAGAAGACUGAGGCAGAACUCGCAAGACAAAAUCCUGGGAAGAAAAUAUCAAGUACUAACAACAUUCCAAUUCCUCGUUUACCACCGAAUCCAUCUCGUGUUGAUAGGCUUAUUGUUGAUGAAUUAAGAGAACAUGCAAAGGUAAUUACUCUUGUUGCAAAAAUGGAACAAUUACGUGGAGUUGAAGUUCAUCCAAAUAUUCACACAUCUAUGGAAAAAUGGUUAGAAGCAAUUAGAAAUGUUCAAGGACGUCGGAGGGAUGAAAUCAUAAAUGCCACAAAUCGCCAUCGAAGUGCUACUAAUCGCAUUCAAGAAGACAAAGAUGUAGUAGCCUUGGCUGCUAGUAUUUUGGAACUUAGCAAAGCAUCCAGACAUGCCCGUACUGCAAUGUGGUGUGCUUUGAUUACAACUAUACUUUUUAACUUGGACCCAACUUUAGCAGCUGCUCAGUCAUUUCCUUCAAAUUUGAGUUAUGAAGAACAAAGUUCUGGUAAAUUUGCUAUUACAUCAUCAGAAAAUGUUAAUACUCAAGGAACAUCUCACAAUGAUUUCAGUUCAAAUUCUAGUGAUUGUAAUUCUGCAGCAAAUUCAGAGAAAGUUACUGAAACAUCAACAAUGUUAUCCCAUUCUUCUUCUGUGCAAGAAAAUAAAUCUGUAGAUGAUAAAACUGAAAAAUCAUUUACGGAUGUUAAUAAGGGGAAUAAUACUGAGGCAGAACAAACUGCCUCCAAAGUUUGAACUUUGUAUCCUCCAAAUAUUCCAGCCUGUGUUCAUCUAAUUGUUUGUUUAGAAGAUUCUAUAAUGUUUAGUAUGUAGAUUGUUAAUUAAAAUGUUAGUUUUUUGUUUUCCUAAAACAAUUUUGCAAUUAUGAAACCAAACUGAUGCAAUAUAUUAUCUAAAUGGUUGCUUUCAUCAGUGUACAUUUCAUCAAUAUAACUGUUUGUGCUACACAUUUUUUCUAAAUGUAGCAUAAAUGGUAAUUUGAGCCACAAAAAAUAAUGCAUGGAGGAUUUAGAGGCAGCUAUGAUGUGUAGUUUAUUGUUACUAUAUGAAAUCUGAAUCUAGUUGUUAGUUUUGCCAUUGGUGCACUUCAUGAUAUACUUAUCACCAUUUGUGUAUGUGCAUAAAUUAUAAUGAGGCUAGUUCUGUAACCUCAGUAAUCUUGGUCUUCGCGUGAUCGGAUUACAAUAGGCUUUUUGCCUUCUCAGCUAAUUAGUCCUUUUUGGAGAAAUUAUGCAUUAAACUGCCUUCAAGUUCCUCUAUCACAGUGGUGUGUAUAUUAUUGUAGAUGUAAAGGGCUUUAUAUAAUUCAGGGUAAAUGUAAUAUUGCAUAUAUAGUGUAUAUAAUUUUAGUAUUUUAAAACAAAAUUGCCCUUUUAAUAAUAUAUUGUACUGCUUUUUAUAUUUCUUGAAACAUUGUUUAAUGUUUUAAAAGUAGAUUUCUAAAUUUCAUUAUAAAAUUAUUUUGAGAUUUUUAAUAUUUUAAUAACAACUCAUUUUAUAAAUGCCGAGAAUAUCUGAAUUUGUUUAAGAAAAAAUAUAUAUAAACUAUAAUUUAAUAUUAAAUAUUUAUUUAAAUGUUAAUUAGAUGUUAUUUUAAAGAAAUAUAGCUAGUAGAUUAUAUUUCAAUUGUUCCAAUUAAUAAAAACUGGAAAUUGUUGCAAUCCCCUUAAUAUUUAUGCUAAAUAUGGUUGUGUAGAUAUCACUUUUGCUACCAUCUUUCCUUGCCAAUAGCCAUUAUUAUAAACAGUGCACUUCGUGAUAUCGUGUAUUAAUACCAUUUGACCAGAGUGAGUGUGAUAAACAGUUACUGGCCUUAAAAGUUUUCUAGCAUUUGUAGGUAGUAGUUUCAAACAGUUUUCCAGCUUUAAGGGGCAACUGCCUGAUAUAAGGCAUAUGCAUCUUUUUCUGCUUGAGUGUUGCUGUAAUUUUGGGGAUAGGGAAAAUUGGGGUGGGUUUUCAAUUUGUAACUCAAGUGCCUGACCUCUGCUAACUUUAAAUUUCCUUUCAGGCAAAUUUAUUUCUAAAAAUUUAUUACUGAAAUUUGAGGUUAAUUGAACCAAUUUCAAAUUAGUAUUGUUGUUUUGAAUUUUCAUUUAAUGAAUAAUAUAAAAUCAUUUUCUUAGUACAUGUAAGUAAAUUGUUUAGUAGAUAUAUCCAGUAUAAUUAGAUUAGUUAAAUUGAGGAAUUGGUAGAAAAUUGUUUUAACAAAUAUUCGCAAUUAACUUAGGUUUGUGAUUACUGCAUACAACUUUGUGCCAAGUAAUUCCUUUCAGAUAAUACCCAGUAGUACUUUCUUUUAGAAAUAAAUUUAAUCAUACUUGAGUGGAAUUCAUUGCUGAAAUUUUGUCCAGAUAGAGGUCUCAGCAAAAUUUGUUGUAUAUUGUGAAAUAAUGCUGUACAAGUAAAUUGUAAAAUGUUUUCAAAGGAGUUAAAAAUGUAACUCCAUUUAUAUUUUAAGAAAUGAAAUAAACAUUUCUGUCUAAUAAUGAUUGUACAUCAUUUGAAUAUUGAAAAGCAAAUGUUUUUAUCUGUCUUUUAAAGAUAAUCUCAUCUGACUCGAGAAACAAUCUGGACAAUUUCUCAUAAUAAUUGCUUCAAAUAAAAAAAAAAAGAUAUAUUACAAAAAAAAGCAGAAAAAUAUUUUGUAGUGAUAGCUCAACGUUGUAGCAAAGUAUUGC